AUGGCCCGGAAGAAUGUUUUUGCUCGACAAAUGAGACUUUAUUCGAAAGUUCCAUGAUCGAGGAGAUCUAUGUAUUUAGAUAGAAGCUCGUUGGGUUUGGAGCCUCAGCUGUUGUGGCUGGGGUACAGUGCAGCAGCGAUCAAGCUGUGUGCUCUGGCGGGGGUGAGAGUGGUUCUGGUGGGUUCGAUGAAUGAUCGAUUGAAGAUUUCCUGAAGAUUCCUGAACAUUUUUUAUUCUUCGAGCUUGACACUGCUUGACAGUCUGAACAAGCAAAACAAUCGAAGCACAGUGGUAGGACAAGAAGAAGGUUCGAGUAGACUGCCCUCGAAGAUAAAGCACCAUCACCAAGAACCACCCAAGCUGCAGCCUGCCUCAACUGACUGACUUCCUUUCCCUCUGUGACCUGACCAAACAGAAGCCCCAACAAGAUAAAGCAAUAAAAUGUACGAUCGUGCUCAGGUUCACUAUGGUCUAGCUCAGGAGAGGCCCGAUGAGGAUGAUUGGGAGCCACCCCAGCUGGACGGCCUACCCGAGCUGCAUAACAUUCGCCACCGGAUAUCGCUCAUCGAGGAGGAGAUCAGGUCCAAGGGCAAACUCAAGUUGACCGGCCAUGUGAUCAUGGCAUGCCAUGCACUCCCCUAUCUCUGCAACCUCCACCUCGAUCCCACCACCACCACUGACACCACCAACACCAACACCAUCCCCGAGCAGCAACAACAACAACAACAACAACAACAACAGGCCUCUGUAAAACCUGACCAACAACUUCCACCUUCCCCCACCACCCCUCUAACAGCCUCCCAUAACUCAACCUUCCGUCAAUCACUCGAGAUCAGACCCGGGGACCUACUCACGCACCCUCAAAGCUUACAUUCGCCCACUUGUACCCCAAUCCCUUCUUCCGGCAUCCUCUCUGCAUCCAAGACAAGCUCCUUACUCGACACUUCUAUUCCAGCUCCCACUUCGGUCACCAACCCUACCCUCAACCCAGUCUCCUCCGUCGCCUCACACCGUAAUAAUAAUAAUAAUAAUACUCACAAUCACAAUCAUAGUAGUGAUAAUCUUCAACCAUCCACCCUCACGGCCGAUGAAGAGCAAGAGGAACCGGCCUUCAAAUGGAUCCUGGAGCCUCGUCGGGGCCAUGCCGCGUUGAAUGCGGGGAUCAAGUCGUUAUCGAACUACCGCUCGAUCACCCUCUGUGCCUAUCCGGCGGACAUCCGGAUCGCUAAUCAUUCCAACGAGCUGCCCGAGCCGAUCGAGGCUAGCAAGCUCUCCGAGCUCCAGAAACUUAGCCUCGACUCCGGCCUCCGCCAUCUCGCUCGAUCCGCCUCCCCCGAUCAGAGCCCCCUCAAUGAUCAUCAUCAACUUCCCAUCGAUCCUAAUGGCCCCAAGAGAGGAAUCGAAUGCGUCCCCGUUUGGGUCGGCGAUCGCUCCGCUGGCUUGCAUUAUGAAGGCUUCUGUAAAAAAUAUCUUUGGCCUAUCUUUCAUUACAUGCCCCUGUCAGAACAUCAGGACAAAAAGGAAGAAAAUCUAGCCUGGAAAGCGUAUGAGGAAGUGAACUAUGCGUUUGCGAAACGGAUCGCUAGUGUUUAUCAGCCUGGAGAUUUGAUAUGGAUCCAAGAUUACCAUUUGUUAUUGGUCCCAAGGAUGUUGAGGAAAAUGUUGCCGAAAUGUCAUGUCGGUUUGUUCUUACAUUCGCCGUUCCCAUCGAGCGAAUUUUUCCGAUGUCUGCCGCGACGAGAAGAGAUUUUAGAUGGGAUGCUUGGAGCCGAUCUACUCUGUUUCCAAACCUAUUCAUAUGGCAGACAUUUUAUCUCGGCUUGCAUCAGAGUGAUGGGCCUGGAAUCUGUCGGCAAUGGGAUCGAAUGUAACGGGAUGAUCACGGACAUCACGUAUUGUCCCAUCGGGAUCGAUGCCGAUAGAAUCGAACUCGAAAAACAAUUGCCUGGGGUGAGACCUAAAAUGGACGCUCUGAGGAAACUCUACGAGGGCAAAAAGAUCAUCAUUGGCAGAGAUAAGCUGGAUCCCACAAAGGGAGUGCUUCACAAACUCAAAGCGUUUGAAUACUUGUUAAAAAGCUAUCCGCAGUGGAGGAAUCGAGUGGUUUUGAUCCAAGUCACUUCGCCCUCCCCAACCGAUUCGCCUCAGCUUGCUACCAAGAUAUCCGAGCUCGUCGAUCACAUCAAUGCCACCUAUGGUACUUUACAUUUCCAACCGGUCCAUCAUUACCACCAAACGAUCGAACGAGAUGAAUAUUUUGCACUCUUAUCAGUAGCCGAUCUGGCGGUGAUCACGUCGAUCAGAGAUGGGAUGAAUACAACGUCGAUGGAAUACACUAUCUGUCAAGAAGAAAACAAGAACCCGUUGAUCUUGUCCGAGUUUACUGGCGUCACUGGCUCGAUGAAGUCGGCCGUUAAGGUGAAUCCUUGGGACUUGGGUGACGUGGCACGUGCAAUUGAUCAAUGUUUGAACAUGUCAGAAGCAGAGAAAGUGACGAGACAUGCGCAAUUGUAUAGUCGAGUUAAAUCUCAUUCCUCUUCGGUCUGGGCCAGUACACUUUUGCUUCAACUUCUGCAGUGUCUGAGGAGCGAUCAGACUAAGGAAUCCGUCAAGUUGUUGGACGAGGAGGAUAUGGUCAAGAAGUAUAAGCAGGCCAACAAACGACUGUUGUUGUUUGAUUAUGAUGGAACGUUGACGCCGAUAGUCAAGAACCCGAAGGAUGCGAUUCCUCCGCCGGGAUUGAUAGACGCCCUCGAACGAUUGUGUGCAGAUGAGCGAAACAUCGUCUACAUCAUCUCCGGUCGUGAUGGCUCCUUUUUACAGAAACAUCUCGGCUCCAUCGCUGGCUUGGGCAUGUCCGCCGAACAUGGCUGUUUUCUCCGCGAACCCGGGGCUAAGGAGUGGAUCGAUCUGACUGAAAAUAUCGAUAUGAGUUGGAUGGAUGAUGUCGAGGAAAUCUUUAAAUAUUAUGAGGCUCGUACUUUGGGCGCUUUUGUUGAGAAGAAAAUUUCUAGCGUGACUUGGCAUUACAGGAAUGCAGACCCGCAGUUUGGUUUAUUCCAAGCCAAAGAAUGCCAAGCGUUAUUAGAGAGCUUACAGGAGCGAAUGCCGAUCGACAUCUUGAAGGGGAAGAAGAAUAUUGAAUGUCGACCGGCGCAUACGAACAAAGGGGAGAUCGUCAAGCGACUGUUAUACACCAGUCCGGAUGUGGGGUUCGCGUUAUGUGUAGGGGAUGACAAGACGGAUGAGGACAUGUUCCGGGCGUUGAAGAUGUUGCGAUCGAAUGCCUCUUUGGAUGGACAUGCGAUGGGCCAUGUCCAUUCGACGACCAUCGACCCGCCGCAAACCUUAUCGCUCUACCCGAUCUUAGCCCGAUCCUCAUCGAUUGGACCGGGACAACGGAUCUCACAGGAUGGUAGUGCAGCAGCAGCAGCAGCAGCAGGAGGAGGAGGAGGGGCAGGCAACAACACCAAGCGCCCUAUCCGACGCAGAUACUCCUCUAACACUAGCAUGCACGCCACAUAUUCUUGUCAGAAUAGUCCGAUUAGUGCGCCUUCGGUCCCCCAAUUCGGGCUGCCUUCUGUGAUCUCUACUGCAUCUUCCUCUCCCGCUACUGGUGGAGCUAUUGGAUCGACUUCGAUGAGCUCUCAAGCUAUGAAGGCGUCGUCAACCGUCGGCUCUAGUUCGCUCCAUCAUAUGCUUCCUUCCCCGAAACUCGAGCCGGUCGAAUCGGUCCUCGAACCCGAAUCGAUCUUCUCCCUCGUGAUCGAUGAAAACGAGUCCCGGAAAACUCUCGCCGAGUAUCGGCUCGAUCGGCCCCUUCAAUUGGUCGCCGUGCUCGCUAGACUCUCCCAAUUGUCUCCUCCCCCCUCCGCUAACUAACUCUCCUUCUUCACAUUGAUCUGCUUUCUUUGUCGUCGAGAACUCCUCCAGUUCGUCUUGUUUCUUCUCAUCCCCCCCCCCUUCCCCCCUUUUUUUCUUUGGAGCUCUCACAAAAAAAAAUCCAGUCUUUUGGAUCUUCUCGUUGUCUCUUUCACGACCAUAAAUCGAUUGGUGGAUCUAGCUCACACAUUCUUAUGAUUAUCGGUGCCCUUAUCUCAUCAACCCAAUCCAUAUCUUUUCGGUCAUCAUCAACUUCAUCAUCAUCGUGAUUGUUAGUACCAUUAUUAUUAUCCUCAUUGAGUUUUCUUUUCCUUUGCAACCCUACCUCCCCUCCUUCUUCCUUUUUUGAUUUGUUAUUGAUGUAAAAGAAGAUAUAUAUGUAUAUAUAUGAUCAGAAAAUGAAUGUUGUAAAUAAUUAGAAUAAUUGAUGUUUGUUAUCAGUAUGCAGAUCAGGUUUUGUGUGUAAAUAUGGAUGUGUGUGUGUGGGUUUGGAUAUCCCCCCCCCUAAGAAAAACAGAAAGAUGAGAAGAGGG